AUGGUGAGCAUGCUGGCAGCCGGAACUGGCGAGUUUUUAGCCAACCCUCCGGUUGUCAUCAAGAACUACCAGAUCACCAACAAUGUGGGUAUCAUCACAGCUGUAGAAGAACUGUGGGCACAAGGAGGUCCACCCCGGUUUUUCAGUGGAGUUGGCAUGGGCGUUGUGCGAAAAUCCCUCGCCAACGGCGUGCACAGCUCAGUACCACCGAGACGUGCCAGUGGAGCUCUGGACGCUCUGGCGCCAAACUUUGAAAAAGAGAUGCAUGGAUAUGAGAUGUCAAGCUAUGAGAACCUCAACAACUUGAGGCCGCUGGGCCGGGCCAACCCCGUCUUUGAUGCUACCCGUGCACGGAAGAAGGCGGAACAGGAUUCCAUCCUACUGGCCAAUCGCAUCCGCUUGCUGCGAGCGGAAGAUGCCCGGACCCGGAAGAAAAUUGUCGAGACGGAGAAGAAGACGCAGGAGAUCCUGAUGGCCAGGCAGCGCAAUGAGCAGCGGAGACACGAGAAGGAGGUCUUUGAUGCUCAGAAGGAGGUCAUGGAGCAGGACUUUCGCACCCGACAGAUGGUGGAGCGUUUGGAUCAGCAACAUAAGAUCCUUGACAAGAAGAGAGAAAUCCAAGAGAAAAAUGCCAUGGGCGGCAAUGCUCUUCGAAAGCAACGCCAGGCCCAUAGGCAGAUCCUGAAUUUGGAACGGCAGGCCUCAGCAGAUGAGGCGUUUGCGCGAGCCGAGCAGGUUCGUGUUGCGAUGGACCGGGCAGCACAAAGCCGUGCCAGGUCGGAGGGAGCUAAGCAGGAAUUGGCGAAGGAUGUGUUGCGGGAGCGAAUGCUCAGAGAAGAGGAUGAGAGACGCUUGAGGCUUCAAGAAAUUGAUCGGAUGGAAAGAGAAGAAGCCGAUCUCUUGCAACGUCUUCAUCGCUCUCAGGAGAGGCAUCGAAUGGCCUAUCUGCAGCUGGAAGAUGUUCUGCGAGGUGCAUCUCCUUUGCCCGAUGCCCAUUUGGCAUCCCAGGCCAUCCAGGCCGACAUGGCCACGCCGACGCCCAGCUCCUCGCGCCGCAACGCCGAGAGCCGUGAGAGUCGUCCCGAGUCGCGGUCCUCCAGACCUCCGUUGCCGCGGCUGGCAGCACCUCCCACCCGGGCACCGCCCGAGGUUCGAGCACCUCCUGGGGCCCGGCCAUGCUCCGCACAGCGGCACAAGGCCAAAGCCAGCGUGUUGAUGUCCGGGAAGUCCAGGAUCGACACACCACCAGAUGCAGUGGAUCAACUGCGGCAAAAACAUUCACUGAGUGCCAUGAGCAAUGCCAGCACGGCCAGCAUGGGUGAAAGCAUCCCUGCAGAAGGCAGUGGACCGAGUGUUUCAUCUUCGGCACCUCAAAUUCGGUACACCACAGUGGAUGGCGUUCAGCUGGACAUUCCAGCAGAAGAAGAUCUGGAUUUGGCCGCGAUUGGCCCGACCAAAAGCGUUCUGCAGGCUGCUUGGCCACAAUUGCAGAGCAACAAGGUGCUGUUGAGCUUCAUCGCCGGCAGCUUGACCGGAAGCUUCGCAGAGGUGAUGACGAAUCCACCGGACCAGGUGAAGACGAUGACCCAAGCUGGUGUGCCGUUCUUCGAUGCCGUCCAAUUGGCUGCAAGACAUCCCUUCCGCGGUGCAGGCUUUGCAGGUUUGCGCAAGGGUAUCAUCCGCGGCAUCAACUGGGGUGGCCUUGCAUUCUUCAUGCAUGUCUUCGAGUGGAUGUACCGAAAGUCCAUUGCCGUCCGGACCGGCCGCAAGCGACAAAUCUCCUGGAACCGGGAUGAGCUCGAGACUCAAACUCAGUUUGUUCGAUCAGUCAGUCAGCAAGCAGAGAAUUAG